UGUGCUGUAGACGAAUCCCCUUGGUAAGAUGAACCUCGUCGCCAGCCAAGCCUGACGUGCUGUUCAAACGGAAGCAGCAGAGGUGAUGAUAUCGCAGGCACGCACGUUGCUGCUCAGCUUUCAGGAGGGGUCUGGACGUUGGAGGGAGGCUGUGGCUUAUCUUCUGUGGUUGCUCAGGAAGGCUGAAUGUGCCGCUGUGCUGGGGCAGCGGCAACUUUAGUUUCUCACUCUGGAGAGGGCGGCAAACAGGGCCGGGACACUGCAUUCAGGACACAACAGCUGCGGCUCACCGGCGUUACCUGGGCCCUCUCGGACUCUCGGAAAUUUUCCACUUACAUUUCAUAUUCACGGAAGAGUUUCCAGCCCAGGCUUUUCCUGCUCUUGCUCACGGCUGCUCACAGAUAUGCAAAAUAGAUACCUCCCAUCCCAGCAGCGGCAGACAGGACCCAGCUAGCCGCCUUACACACUGACUCAGCUCAGCCUCCCGGGCAGCACGCAGCCCCCGGCCUGAGUGCGUCGCCUGUGUGGCAUCCUCAGGAUCAGCCAUGGAGACUUCAGUGCCAGGCUCAGCCGAGAUGCCGCGCCAGUUCCCCAAGCUGAACAUCUCUGAGGUGGACGAGCAAGUCCGGCUCCUGGCCGAGAAGGUGUUUGCUAAAGUGCUCCGAGAAGAGGACAGCAAAGAUGCCCUGUCCCUCUUCACCGUCCCCGAGGACUGCCCCAUCGGGCAGAAGGAGGCCAAGGAGAGGGAGCUGCAGAAGGAGCUGGCGGAGCAGCAGUCUGUGGAGACUGCAAAAAGAAAGAAAAGUUUCAAGAUGAUUCGGUCCCAGUCCCUGUCUCUGCAAAUACCGACGCAAGAUUGGAAGGCCCCCCCGACAGCCAGUCCGGCCAUGUCUCCCACAACCCCUGUCACUUCCCAGCCCAUGCCAGCGCCCUAUGCUGUGCCCGAGUUCCAGCGGGUCACCAUCAGCGGAGAUUACUGUGCCGGGGUCACUGUGGAGGACUAUGAGCAGGCUGCCAAGAGCCUGGCCAAGGCCCUGAAGAUCCGGGAGAAGUACGCCCGGCUCGCCUAUCACCGCUUCCCACGGACCACUGCCCAGUACCUAGGUCAUCAGUGGGUGGACACUGCACCUCCAGAAGAGGGCCUCCCAGACUUCUGCCCUCCCCCAAAGCCCCAGGAAGACCCGUACUGUCUAGAUGAUGCUCCCCCCAACCUGGGCUACCUGGUCCAGAUGCAGGGGGGCAUCCUUUUCGUGUAUGAUAACCAGAAGAUGCUGGCUUGCCAGGAGCCCCACAGCCUGCCCUACCCUGACCUGGAGACCUACACGGUGGACAUGAGCCACAUCCUGGCUCUCAUCACUGAUGGCCCCACGAAGACAUAUUGUCACCGGCGACUGAACUUUCUGGAAUCCAAGUUCAGCCUUCACGAGAUGUUAAAUGAAAUGUCCGAGUUCAAAGAGUUGAAGAGUAACCCCCACCGAGACUUCUAUAAUGUGAGAAAGGUGGACACACACAUCCAUGCAGCUGCCUGCAUGAACCAGAAGCACUUGCUGCGCUUCAUCAAGCACACGUACCAGACAGAGCCUGACAGGAUAGUGGCCGAGAAGCGGGGCCGGAAGGUCACCCUGAGGCAGGUGUUUGACAGCCUGCACAUGGACCCGUACUAUCUCACCGUGGAUUCACUGGACGUCCACGCGGGCCGGCAGACAUUCCAUCGCUUUGACAAGUUCAACUCCAAAUACAAUCCUGUGGGGGCCAGUGAGCUGCGCGACCUGUAUUUGAAAACUGAAAACUACCUGGGAGGAGAGUACCUUGCUCGGAUGAUCAAGGAGGUGGCCCGCGAGCUGGAGGAGAGCAAGUACCAGUACUCAGAGCCGCGGCUCUCCAUCUACGGCCGCAGUCCUGAGGAGUGGCCCAACCUGGCCCGCUGGUUCAUCCAGCACAAGGUCUACUCACCCAACAUGCGCUGGAUCAUCCAGGUGCCCCGGAUCUAUGACAUAUUUAGGGCAAAGAAGCUGCUGCCAAGCUUUGGGAAGAUGCUGGAGAACAUCUUCCUGCCCCUUUUUGAGGCCACAAUCAACCCUCAAGAUCACCGAGAGCUUCACCUCUUCCUCAAAUAUGUGACGGGGUUUGACAGCGUGGAUGAUGAGUCCAAGCACAGCGAACACAUGUUCUCAGAAAAGAGCCCCAGCCCAGACAUCUGGACCAGCGAGCAGAACCCGCCCUACAGCUACUACCUGUACUACAUGUACGCCAACAUCAUGGUGCUCAACAACCUCCGCAGGGAACGAGGCCUGAGCACUUUCCUGUUCCGGCCUCACUGUGGGGAGGCUGGCUCCAUCACCCACCUGGUGUCUGCUUUCCUGACUGCUGACAACAUUUCCCAUGGGCUGCUCCUCAAGAAGAGUCCGGUGUUGCAGUAUCUCUACUACCUUGCUCAGAUCCCCAUUGCCAUGUCUCCCCUUAGCAACAACAGUCUGUUCCUCGAAUAUUCCAGAAACCCUCUGAGGGAAUUCCUGCACAAGGGACUGCAGGUUUCCCUCUCCACCGAUGACCCCAUGCAGUUCCAUUACACGAAGGAAGCACUUAUGGAAGAAUACGCAAUUGCAGCUCAAGUGUGGAAGCUGAGUACGUGUGACCUGUGCGAAAUCGCCAGGAACAGCGUGCUGCAGAGCGGCCUCUCGCAUCAGGAAAAGCAAAGGUUUCUGGGACACAAUUACUAUAAAGAAGGACCUGAAGGAAAUGAUAUUCGAAAGACAAACGUUGCUCAGAUCCGGAUGGCGUUCCGACACGAGACCUUAUGCAAUGAACUCAGCUUCCUGUCUGACGCCAUGAAAUCAGAAGAGAUCACAGCCCUGACCAAAUAGGUCCAGCACUGGACGUGCAAUUUAACUUUGAUUUAAUUUCAAGUCUGCUGUGAUUAACAGUGGUCGAGAUACCAAAUUAGGACUUUCCAUGGAGAGGAUGCCUCUGAAGAACUUGCAAACUAGUGAUUUUAGUUGCACUGUUCACUUUAAGAUCUAACGUGCCCCCUUCUGUUAAUAUUUCUGAGUAAUAGAUGGUGACUCCUCCUUGGGGAUCUGGGAGCCGGACAUUUGUCUGUACUCAUUCCUAAUUUGCCAAAUAUUUCUUUUGAAACCACUAGUGCUUGCAUUGUUGGGGCCAGGAUCUUCCACAGUCCAAUGCCCACUGACAUGAGGUCUGGUUUUCUGCCAUAGUCCUCUAUCGGCCCUGCAGGCUAGUUGGUAGUUGUUCAUUUCAGCCUCUGGCUGGCUGGUUGCCUUAAGCAAAAUCAAUUUCAAAGCUCCCUUUCAUAAAGGAGCUACUUUGAGAGAAUUAAAAUAGAAAACUUUUUCUUGACAAUUUGCAUUUUUUAUGAAUUUCUUAAACUGUUUUAUUUAGCCCUCAUCCCUCCUUUCUAUUUAAGAAGCCAAAUGUGCACAAUGAAACAACCACUCCUGUCUGUGUCUUGGUUUCCUCAUCUGAAAAGUGAGGGUUGGGACUAGAGGAGUGGUUUUCAAACAGUGUUCUGUGAAUGCCCCUCCAGGACCACUUCAGGGUGGGGGAGGGCAGUGGGAGUGAGGUUCUGGGUGCUGCCUUUACUUCCUCAAAGCGACUCUGUUUUAUCAGUUUGAUGUUGGGGCUUCCACAUAUUUUCAUUUGAACUAAGGACUUUGAAAAGCACAGGACUAGAUGAUCUCUGUUCCUCUUGGCUCAAAUAUUCUAUGAUGGUAGCCCAAUUAUCAUUUUACUUAUGAAGAGUUAGGGCCAGAGAAGUGAAAUUUGCUUCAGGUCACACAGCUAAUAAGUAACAGGACUAGAACCAGGUCUCCUUGCUGCUAAUCCAGGCCCUUCCCCGCUAUUCCAUUAGGCCUGACCAAUGGAAGAUUUUUUAUCAUUGUAACCUGAUGCAUUUUUUUUUUAAGGUGAAAUUUCUUCCUUACCUAAUGCGCAGACUUCUUCAGAAGAUAUAAGUGGUCCCAGGGGCUAGGUCGAAAGCAUUUUUUAAGACCCAUCUGAAUUUAAGCUUCACCAAUGUACUCUCCAUCUGUGUUACUAGUGCCUGGUACAUAGUAGGUGCUCAAUAAAUGUAUAUUGAAUAACUGAAUAAUUUCUCUUUUGGCACCUUUUUCAGGAUAUAUGCUCCUAGUACUCAACAAGCUGCUGGAGGACCUUCCUGUCUAUCUCUGUGGGCAAAUGCAGACUACAGGAUGUCCUUCUGAAUCACUUCAGAGUUAGAAGAACCUUAUUUUUGCCUGUGAAAAUGCUUAUUUGACUUUAGAUUGUCUUGUCCUGUGACUUUAUAGUACUUGUCCCCUCCACUGGUCAACUCAGCAUAUGGAACAAUAAAUGUAGUCUUACAUAUGCUAUCUUAUAGCUAAUCAUGAAAUUGAAUGAAAACCCAGCAUUUAUCUUAGGCAUUCAUUAUUUUUGAAAAGCCCCCAUUUGUAUAUGUUUGUCUUAACAUAAGUAUCAUACAGUUUUUCAUUGUCAUUUUAUCUGUAUCAAGUGUUUGUUUUUUAAUUAAAUAAAGUCUGUUAGGACUGUGA